AUGGAUGAGCUCAGGGAAUAUCUGCAUAAGUCGGACGGGCAAGGAUGGAUCGCCGGAGCGCUCAACGGGCUGUCACAAGCCGCGUUUGGGAAAGAUGCCAGAGGGGUGCUGGGCGGGUUCUACAGGAACGCGGUCAAGCUGUUCAGCUCGACCGACUCCGGCGUCGCGAGCCGCCCGGGCUACGUCCCGACCCCCGGCCAGGCUGCCGCAGCGCGCGGCGAAUCGCACCCGGCCGCGCGCGUGGACGUCACGCACGACGUGGCCUCCGCGAGCGACGCGGACCUGGACAAGCUCGCGGGCGUCCUCAUGUGCGGCCGGACCCGGGCCCGGUCCGUCGCGGCUCGCUACCCGCCCGUGUUGAGCACCGACGCCGACGACCUGCUCACGCGAGUGGUGGCGAUCAAGCAGGCAGUGCCCAUGUGCGACGUCAGCCUGAUCAUCGAGCGAGCACCCCGGGCGUUCCUCGAGCCGCGCACCGACGACGUGGCCCAGGCUGCCGCCCAGAGAGUUCUGGAGCUGACACAAGCCCUGCCCGGCGUGGACCUGUCGAUGCUGAUUCACGAGGACCCGAUGCUGCUGUUCGAUGACAUCAUGGACGGCGUGCAGGCCAUGCGGGACAUGUGGCCCGGGAUCGACGACGGCGGCGAGGGCGGCUGGGAGGACGCAACGGCGGCCGCGGUGGCCUCCGAGGGGGGCGCGUCGGUCGCGGGAAUGUGCCUCGCGAUCAGGGCCCUGUCGAAGGUCGGUCCACCGAAUCGCGUGUGA